CAUUUGAUUGAAGAAAAGAACGUGGGAAUAAUCAGUGACUAUUCGUAGUGCAUUUCUAACACCAUUCAUUUUGCUACUUACUUGUCUGACUCUAAUAUAAACAAACAAACUCAAGUCAAUACUGUUUGUUUUUUAAACAACCAAGAAAGAAAUCACACAUUCUGUGUAAUAAUAGCGCAUUAUAAAUAUAAUAAAAUACAAGAAGAUAAGGACUUGAUGAUACUGCAUGUUAUGACAAGAUAUUCAUGUCAUUAAGCUAUCUUGUAGCUCGACUGUUGGUGGUAAGUGUUGGCGUCACACUCGGCCACUUCUUGCUUCUCUUGUGUGGUCGCAGUUGUCCUCUGGUAAAGUGGAACAUUGGUUGCCAAGUCUAUUCAAUAACGUGGUAAACCAUGGAAUCUACCGAGUCUAAUGUCCGUAUGCCUGGCGUGCUCAUGCCCACAUAUCUCAGAUUGAUAAGUACAGAGGACGGUAGAACUGCAAUGAAGAGAAUACGUGUCGAGUGUGGGGUCUGUAAGGCAACACGAUUUUAUUCAAUUCAUAGAGGAAUUACACGCAUUGCGGGAGUUGUGGCAUGUGAGGCAUGUCGGCAGUUCUACCAGCGCUUUAAGAAACAGCCAUGGAUUUUGAACUGUAACAAAGGGGGCAGAUGUUUUGGUUUAGAUGAAACGCCAAAGAACAAAUGUAAGGCAUGCUGGGUAGCCCACAUUAUCUGCCGCUGCCCCGUACCAAUGAACAUGUACAACCAUCUCGUAGGGUACCUGCCCACAGACCUAAAGAGUAAGAUGGCUGGCAGACCACCAACUGCAGACGAAGUCCCUGAGAAUGAGCGUGGAGGACUGGGUCUUGAAGUAUACAGGGGUAAUGAUUGGGUGGAUGUGACAGAUAAGGAAGAAGUGGAAUCGCUUUUGCGGAAUGAGGAAGGAAACGAAACAGAUGAAACCAAUGACCCAGAUCUGGAUAUGGAGUUUGAAGCUGAGGAAGAAAUUGUUGAUGAUCCAAGUGUGCCAGAGACAAGUUCAACUGAUACUUCCCUUUCUACAAAUUCUGAAGCAAAGAAUAACAAAGUGCAGUCCAAGAAAGGCAAAAAGACUGCAAAGUCAGAUACUAAUACUGAACAACUGACGGCAGUGCCCGAGAAAGGAACUGCAGUGGGUUUGACUUGUUCAAUAGAUGGACUGCAAAUCAAUGAUCAGCAGUUAAAAUUCAUGGAGAACUUCAACCCCAAAACUAGUGAAAGAGUCAGACGCAAGAAAAAGAAGGUGCAGUACUUCAGCAGCACAGGAAGGACCAAGACACAGACUCCGCUGUACUUCCAUGGCUCUGAUGGUUCAAUUGUUAACUCUGGAAAAAAUCUUUGUGACUGUUUACAGAGUGAGUGUCCAGGAUGCCACUAUCCUUGCCCCAAGUGUGGUUCAGGCAAAUGUGGCAAUGAAUGCAGGAUACAGAGGAAAUGGUAUUAUGAAAAAAUUGAAGUGGAAGGAACAAAAUUGACAUGGCAAAAUGAGUUUGUGAAGAAAAAGUAAUAAUAAGCUGUGUAAAAUUGACACAUGGAAUAAGAAAAAUCAGUGUGAAGAGCUCUGUAAUUAUAGCUUUCUUUUAUAAAUUAUCAGUGCUGGGAGUAGCAUUAUUACUUCAGUAGCAAAACGGGAAAUGCAGCUUCUUUCAGGAACAGAACCUGUAGUCACGCUGUCUUUACAUUGGUUUUGUUGCUAUAUUUUUAAAACAUAAUUGAAUUAUAUAUUAGUUUCAAAGCAGUGCAAGUAUAAUUUACGGAAUAGCCAUCAGUAAGCAGCAUAAAUUCACCAACUUAAUAAAAAGUAUUUACACUUAUAAUAUCUUUGAAAAAAAAUUAUUGUCUUCACUCUGGGGGUUAAGCUUGUAUUGUAAACAGAGUCCUCAGAUUGAAGACAUUACUGUACUGUAGCAUAUUUUUGCCCAAAAACUUGUUUACACACCUGGAAUGGAGAGAGUUUUCUUGAAUUUUUCCAGCCCGAUUUCUAUUCCGGGUACUAGAGAGUUCCGGGGACCUGGGAUUCCAGCUAAUGGAAAGCUGACAUAUAGCUUACUGCAUAUAAUGGCAAAUCUAUGUUCAGUGAAGCUACAUUAAGUGGGUUUUUACUUGUAAGUGGUAGGGCAGAGCAACAAGCAUAACAUCUAUUAUAAACAUUUAUUCUAGACCCAUUGUGAAUAUAACAAAAUAUUCAAGAGUACAUUAUUCAGUACUGUACUGUACCUGUAUAUGAAAACAUAAAAAUAAACAUUCUUAUUUCAUUAA